UGAUAAUCCAUCUUAGCCUCUGAUACCCAUGGAUGCUGCAGAGUUCCGCAAGAGAGGGAAGGAGAUGGUGGACUAUAUUGCAGAUUACCUGGAAAAGAUAGAUAAAAGACAGGUCUUCCCAGAUGUGGAACCAGGAUAUUUAAAGCCCCUCAUUCCAGACUGUGCACCCCAGGAUCCCGAGAGCUUUGAGGAUGUUUUUAAAGACAUUGAGAAGAUCAUUAUGCCAGGGGUGACUCACUGGCACAGUCCAUACUUUUUUGCCUACUUUCCUGCAGCCUCUUCCUUCCCAGCUCUUCUUGCAGAUAUGUUAUGUGGUGGAAUAGGAUGUGUGGGUUUCUCUUGGGCUGCAAGUCCAGCUUGCACAGAACUCGAGACUGUCAUGCUGGAUUGGCUAGGAAAGAUGAUUAGUUUGCCUGAAGAGUUUUUAGCUGGGAAGGAUGGCCAAGGUGGAGGAGUCAUUCAGGGAAGUGCAAGUGAAGCCACCCUGAUGUCUCUGCUUGCUGCAAGAACAAAAGCUAUCAGUCGGGUACAGUCAGAAAACCCUGAGCUAACGGAAGCAGAAAUCAUGAGCAGGCUGGUGGCCUAUGCUUCUGAUCAGGCUCAUUCAUCAGUGGAAAGGGCUGCAUUAAUCGGUGGUGUGAAGAUUAAAAAUGUUUCUUCAGAUGAUACGUUUAGUGUUUGUGGCUCAGCUCUAAAGAAGGUUUUGGAUGAAGACAAAGCUUCUGGUCUUAUCCCAUUCUUUUUUUGUGCAACACUUGGAACCACACCUUGCUGCUCCUUUGACAAACUAUUAGAACUUGGUCCUAUUUGUAAUAAAGAAAAUAUCUGGAUGCAUAUUGAUGCAGCCUAUGCUGGAAGUGCAUUCAUCUGCCCUGAAUUCAGACAUCUUUUAAACGGAGUAGAGUUUGCAGACUCAUUUAACUUUAAUCCCCACAAAUGGCUCCUAGUGAAUUUUGACUGCUCUGCUAUGUGGGUGAAAAAAAGAUCAGAUUUAAUAGGUGCCUUUAAAUUAGAACCUCUUUACCUGCAGCAUCACCAUCAGGAGUCUGGCCUUGUAACAGAUUAUCGGCACUGGCAAAUCCCCCUGGGCAGGAGGUUCCGAUCCCUGAAGCUCUGGUUCGUGCUGAGGAUGUAUGGGGUCACAGGGCUGCAGAAGCACAUUCGCAAGCAUGUCAAGCUGUCACAUCUAUUUGAAAACCUAGUCCUUCAGGAUGAAAGAUUUGAGAUCUGUGCCGAGGUUGUCUUGGGACUAGUGUGUUUUCGUCUGAAGGGCUCAAAUGAACUAAAUGAAGCUCUUCUUAAAAGCAUAAAUCAGGCCAAGAAGAUUCAUCUGGUUCCAUGCUAUCUGCGAGAGAAAUUUGUGCUACGUUUUGCUAUUUGUUCCCGCACGGUGGAAUCCGCCCACAUCAAGUUUGCCUGGCAGCACAUCUCACAGCUGGCAACUGAUCUUCUGAAAACAUGGGAGCAAAACCACCAACAACAGUAACAGCAGUGA